AGGAACAGGAUCCGGUUUAUGUGCCCGAAAAAGUACCCUCACCCUCUUUUUGUAGAGCAGGAUUUCUGAUACUGAUCGUGAUGGGAUUUCGUUUACAACGAAUUGCAGGUGUCGCUUCACUUCUGGACAAUACCAGCAUGAAUAACUAGAACUACAAUCACUGACGUUUAUUCACAGUAUUUGCUCGGGAUCCACAGCGUCACCACUUUCGGUAAUUUUGUGCUGAGUGUCGGUUCGAUCUUCCCCGUCUUUCAACAUUCAAGAUGACAGGUAUCAAGGCCGUUGUGCCGGACGCAGUUCCGGAGAUGCCCCAGUGGAAGACCACUGGGGAGCACAUGUCCAUUGCUGGCACCCUAACCCUGGAUACGUCCAAGAAGUGCUUUUCCGUACCUGGCGUGACGGACACGCCCACGUCGAGCACGACAAGUACCGCGACACCAGGAACGGCGGAGCUUUCGAUCAACGACGUGUUUUUUGUCAAAGAAGGCAGUUUUGAGGACCACCGGGGCGACUACGUGAACGUGCCCGUGCCGUUUCCCGUGCUGGAAGGCGGGGUGGCUGCUUCGAAGAAGAACGUCGCCCGGGGGUUCCACUGUUCGCCCUUCCCGAAGGUGGUGGGGUGUCUAACCGGAAAAAUGUAUGACGUGUUACUGGAUCUACGGACGGCGAGCACGACGUUCGGAAAAAUCUUCACCUGCACGUUGCUGCCGAAAAAGGGUAUAAUCUAUAAUUUCAGCUGUGAUGGUCAUGGUGAGGAUAAGCAUAAGAAGAGCUCGGCUUCACCGCCUGUGGUGCUCGGAUCUGUUCCUGCCUCUUUUGUAGCCAUGAUGUACGUAGUCAGUGAUCAUCAGCAUGUCAUUUCUGUCAACAUUCUCGCUGCCGUUGCUAUUCUUGAUUACGAGGAACGAGUAUAGUAAAAGCAGAAGCACACGGAAAAAAAAAUCGACAUCAAAACAGGCUACCUCUACGUGCCGGCCGGGGUGGCGCACGGGUACGUGGCCCUGGAGGAUGACACGUUGACGCAGUACUACAAGGGGGAUUUUUUUGAUCCCGCGAAAGAGAUCAACGUGAACAUGGAAAGCACCGAAUUCACCAUUUUUGGCACCGCCUCCUUCCCGCUUAAGGCUGAAGACUUGAUCUUCUCCGAGAAGGACAAGGCGCUGCCGAAGUUCGAGGACGUUUACGCGGCCUGUCUGGUCCCGAAAGAGGAGCAAAAACCGAAGAAGGUCUGGUACGCGCUAUUACAGUGAAAAAUGCCCCCACCCCCAAAGUUGCAAAAAUGUGUGAUGCGAAGUUUCCAAAUGAAAACCUUUUGCCAUGCAUGAAAGGAGUAUGAAUCUUUCUGAUGCAGAGUCUAGGCGUGUAUCGCAUCGCUUGCAUGACAAGCGGUAAGCUUGGUGGAGUCUUCUGCAAUACAAAUUUUUGCUGUUUACGAUUGGAAACCUGUGAUGCUGAUAGAUGCAAGAGGGCGAAUGUUUCAUUUGGAAAGGUUUGCAACACAAAUGCUCCCAAGUAAUUCGGGGUCGGGGGCAUUUUUCAUUGUAAUACGCGCCCCACAAGUUCGAGUCGUACGGGGACGAAGAGUAUGAAAUGCAAAAGUGUCUGGGUCUGGAAACUUGUAAUGCAAGUCAGCCAAUAACAAAUGCAGUGUAAUGCGCCGCCAAGCAUGACAAGUUGCUUCGUGGUUCUGUGCUGCGUAUUCCGCAUGAGAAACUGCGUUUUUGCAUCACAGGCGAGAGAGGCUGUUUGUGGCCACGCAAUACAGAUUUAAGGGCCAUGCCAGAUCAGCAUGACAAAUCUCGCAAUCUUCCAGACCCAGACACUUUUGCAGUUGAU